AUGCAUCGCAAAGACAGCGGAUUCGUGGAAUUCCACGCUUCAAAGUCAUGCUGUAAAGACUCAUCCGCCGACCAGAGCAGUAAUCUUGCAACGACUCCUCGUCGCAAACAUUGCAACAACCCCACCAACUCGCUCCCUUCUUCCAAAAUCACUUCCAAACCCAAGCACAUGGAUACUGAACGCCCCGCCUCGGAAAGACGGUCAAGGCCAGCCCGCCAAACGUCGACCAUAUCGUCAGGAGACUCCACCACCAAGUCGAAGAGUCGUGGCUACAGCUCCAAACCAUCGUCACGCCGCACUUCAUGCACCAUAGUCGACCCCUCCAGACCAGCGCGCCACUACAGGAUGAAGAGCUCGCAGUCCGUACCUGCUGCAGCCGGGCAAGACAUUGACGACGUCCUCGCGCUUCACUUUCGAUCCUGUAGUCUCUUCACCAACCCAUCCUACCAAUGCGCCUCCGGCUUACCAAGUCCCACACUGUCCCAGCGACCUGGUCCCACAUAUUCUAGCGGGCCAUUGCGUUACAGCAUCGACGAAAUGCGUGCAAACCAAGCACCAGUACUGCCCGAGGACAGCGAGGACACCAUGGCCGCCGCAUCCAAGACAAACACCACCAUGCACUGGACCUCACCCUGCAGUCGCAAGCGCGAGUACGAAAGAAUCGACCGGGCCAACAGUGGUAUCCGAGGUCUCCUCCGCAAAGCGCUUCCAAGAAGUCUAUCCGGUCCGCAGGAGAAAUUCUACGAAAAGGACCAGUCUGACGCCGGCUCAGUCAGACGCUACAGACUUGGCGAUGUCAACGAUGGCGACGCCGAAAAUGACGACGACGACGACAAUAAUAACAGCAUUACUACCGAGAAACUGCCCUCGCGUAACCAGACUCGUGGCCUGCAGAGACCCGUUAGCCGUCAGCGGAAACCAAGUUGGGGCUGUUUUUAA